GUGAAAAUCAAGUCCUUGUUAAUUGAUUAAAUCCUACAUGUUUGGGUAGUAAUUCUGAGAUUGGGGAUGGAUGGGCAACUUUGAGUCACAGGUUGCACACUUCUUAGACCUGAGUGUUCUGGGUUAACUGACAACUAGUUUCACUGAUCAACAAGGAUGUUUCCCCAAAAGGUCAGCUAUCUCCAUAUUCAGUAAACUCAGUUGUAGAGAUGGCUGGACAUGUGAGUUCAAAAUCGUGGAUAAGAAAGAUCCUUGCACAUGGUGACUUCACUAUGAGUCCUGAUUCCUCCCCCCUUUUCUUACAAAAGAGCUAUGAGGGAAGAAAAUCAGUCCUCUGCCCUGGAUUUCAUCCUCCUGGGAAUCAGUGGUCAGCAGAAACAGGAAGACUUCUUCUUCUUCCUUUUCCUAUUCAUCUACCCCAUCACACUGAUUGGAAACCUGCUCAUCAUCUUGGCCAUUCACUGUGACGUUCGCCUUCACAACCCCAUGUAUUUUCUCCUUGCCAACCUCUCUUUUGUUGACAUCUUCUUUUCCUCUGUAACCAUCCCUAAGAUGCUGGCCAACCAUCUCUUGGGCACCAAAGCCAUUUCCUUUGGAGGAUGCCUAACACAGAUGUAUUUCAUGAUUGCCUUAGGUAACACGGAUAGCUACAUCCUGGCUGCUAUGGCAUAUGAUCGUGCCAUGGCCAUCACCCGCCCACUUCAUUACACAACAAUCAUGAGCCCACGGGCUUGUGUCCUCUUAGUUGUUGGGUCGUGGGUGGUUGGAAAUGCCAAUGCUGUCCCCCACACCCUGCUCACGGCUCGUCUGUCCUUUUGUGCAAACAAGGAAGUGGCCAACUUCUACUGUGACAUUGCCCCUUUGCUCAAGCUGUCCUGUUCCGACAUCCACUUCAAUGUGAAGAUGAUGUACGUGGGGGUUGGUGUUUUCUCCGUGCCAUUACUAUGUAUCAUCAUCUCCUAUGUUCAGGUCUUUUCCACGGUCCUACGAGUUCCAUCCACCAAGGGUGUGCGCAAAGCCUUCUCCACCUGUGGGUCCCACCUCACAGUUGUUUCUCUGUAUUAUGGGACAGUCAUGGGCAUGUACUUCCGCCCUCUGACGAGUUACAGCCUCAAGGAUGCAGUGAUAACUGUGAUGUACAUGGCCGUGACCCCGAUGUUAAAUCCUUUCAUCUACAGUCUGAGGAAUAGAGACAUGAAGGCUGCCCUGGGGAAACUCUUCAGCAAGAGCACCUCACAACCAGUGUGAGGUCAUCAUACACUGGAGACUGAGGUUACCAUUAGGAUGUACUUGGAAAUCCAUCUCCAAUGUCAUUCUCCUCCAAGAAGGUGCCUUUGAUCUUUCCAGCUAGAAAUCACUUUUCUCAUGAAUCUUGUAGCAAUAUAUGAUACGUCUUACUGAAAUGAUCACUUUGUACACACUACUGUCCAUUUGGCAGAGUAGCAGCACAGGAAUAUUGGAUUCUUAUUUCCCCUAAGUCAAUGACUAUCAGAGUAAACUUGAGAAGGUCUAAGGCUUCUACUUCUACGUAUUAGUCAUAAUAAUAACAUCUGCCCUUCUACAGCCACAGGAUGUGAGAAUCACAGUAGUUCCUGAUUUGAAGGAUAUAAAUCACUAUUCAAAUGUCAGUUUUUAUGUGGACCAUUGUGCUAAUCACCCCUACUAUGCCUGCAAACCUCUGAAGGCAGGAGCUGUCUUAACACAUCAUGUACUUUUCACAACCUUGGUCAUAUAAAGUGUAUCCUAUAAUAAAAUAUGUCUCUGGAUUGUAAUCCGAUAAUCAUAGACAAAAUCAGAUUAGACAUUAUGUCCUGAUCCUUUAAAACCUUUAAAGGAAAUUACUUGAGUAGAUAUUUCUGUUCUUUCUGUAUUAUUAAUUAAAGUAGACUGCUCCUAAGGAGUAAAAGAUUCUCCCUAAAGUCUUACUAAAAUGACACUCAUCAACAGUUACUGCAUUUUAAAUUUCUGACUUAAUUAAUAUGAUAAAGUGCUUAUUUAAUUAAUUGUAGCAUGAAAUAAAGUUAUAGUAACCAAAAAAUGGGUGCCAGAUAAUAAAUGAAGAAAAAAGAGCAGUAUUGAAAAUGAUCUGACCGUGUUUUUUCAGCAUGGCUCAGGAAAGAUGAGACUUUGAUUUUGUAUGUCCAGCCCUGAUUACAUAGGUGAUAUUCCCCCAAAAGAAGUAGUUAAUCUGGCAGUUUUUAAAGCAUCUACUAAGGAACUCUAUUACCUGUGAUUUGAUUCUAUUCAUGGUAAAAUUAUGAAACAUUUUUAUGGCCACACCUGUGGCACAUGGAAGUUGCCGGGCAGGGAUUGAAUCCGAGCCACAAUUACAAACUGUGGCAAUGCCAGAUCCUUAACCUACUGUGCCACAGUGGGAACUCAAAAAUUAUUAAAAAUUUUAGAAAAUAUUAAUAACAUAUAAGUGAUUGUCCUAAAAUAUCAUAAUUCCAAAUAGGGUAACAUAUUGAAGAAAUAGAUUGAGUAUAUCUUGGAAGAGCUUGCAAGUUUUAUUAUCUACUAUUUUUUUUUUGUCUUUUUGCCUUUU